AUGCGUUACGUUUCCGCUUACUUGCUCGCCGUUCUCGGAGGAAAUGCCGCUCCAAAGGUUGAUGACCUUAAGAGCAUUAUCUCUUCCGUCGGAAUCGAAUAUGACGAUGCCGCCGCCAAGCUUGUUGUGUCCAGACUCCAAGGAAAGAGCGUUGAAGAAUUGAUCGCUGAGGGAGCUAAGGGACUCGUCUCUGUUAGUGGAGGAGCCGCCCCAGCCGCCGCCGCCGCUGCUCCAGCCGGAGGUGCUGCUGCUGCUGCCCCAGCUGAGGACAAGAAGAAGAAGGAUGAGCCAAAGGAGGAGUCCGAUGAUGAUAUGGGAUUCGGUCUUUUCGACUAA